CGCCGAGCGCCCGCCGCGGUCGUCGGUGGCGCAGCCGCGGGCGCCGGGCGACGCGCGGCCCCCGCAGGAGCAGCCGACGUCGACGCUGCACUCGGCGGGCAGGCAGCUGCUGGGCGACGCCCUGGACCCAGGCCAUCUGGACGACGACGCCCGGGGGUACCCCUCCGUCGGCUCCGCAGGCCACCCCACCGAGUGCCACCCCUGCGCCUUCUUCUGGAAGCCGAAGGGCUGCUCGCUGGCCGUGGACUGCGACUUCUGCCACCUGUGCCCCGCGGACGAGAAGAAGCGGAGGCAGAAGGCCAAGAUCGACGCCAUCCGUGCCUCGCAGGGGGCGCCCAGCUGAUGUCGGCGGGCCAUGCCGCAGGCGAUCGGCUGCAUUCGCGGCAUUGCGUGGCUUAA